UCAAAUAUCAAACAAGUAAUUUAUCUAGUGGUAUUCAAACUGAAUAAGUAUCAUUAAACAUAUUUAACAGAGGCUUUUCAACUUCUAAAAUUAGUUGGACUAAUAAUUUAGAUUAGUGAGAUGAGUGAGUUUCGAAUACCGAACAAGUACUAAAAGUAAAACAUGUGGCCUUUAAAGCAUCCAUGUUUUUGUUCUGUCAGUUUUUUUUGUCUCUUUCUUUCUAUUUAUAUAACACACAAAUUAACAAACCAAACUUCAGUGUAGUUCCAAUGGAUGCCAAUUUAGUAAUUGACGGAGUUAACAACCAAGUAGAAAUGGAAACACCAAACAACAUAACUAUCAAAGGGAUUCUUGGAUUGUUAAUGGCAAAUGUAGAUACAGAAAAUGAAGAAAAUGUGAAUAAUAAUAAGAAGAUGGUGAAGAAGAAAGUGAUAUCAUUAGGAAUGGGUGAUCCAACAGCAUAUUCUUGUUUUCAUUCACCUGAUGUUGCACAUGAUGCUGUUCUUGAAACACUUGGUUCACACAAAUUCAAUGGUUAUUCACCUACUGUUGGUCUUCCUCAAACAAGAAAGGCGAUUGCAGAUUAUUUGUCGCGUGAUCUUCCGGACAAGUUAUGUGCAGAUGAUGUUUAUGUCACAGCUGGUUGCACCCAAGCUAUUGAAACAGCAUUGUCGAUUCUGGCUCGUCCUGGUGCUAACAUAUUACUACCGAGGCCUGGUUUCCCAAUUUAUGCACUUUGUGCUGCAUUUAGACACAUUGAAGUUCGAUACUUUGAUCUCGUUCCAGACAAGGGCUGGGAGGUUGAUCUCAAUGCCGUCGAAGCUCUGGCAGAUCGUAACACUAUUGCGAUAGUUGUUAUAAAUCCCGGGAAUCCUUGUGGGAACGUUUAUAGUUACCAGCAUCUUCAACAGAUCGCGGAGACAGCAAAGAAGCUUAGGACCAUCGUGAUCGCUGACGAAGUAUAUGGUCAUCUUGCUUUUGGGGCUAAACCAUUUGUACCAAUGGGAGUUUUCGGAGCCAUUGCUCCUGUGGUUACUCUCGGUUCGUUGUCUAAACGAUGGUUAGUCCCUGGCUGGCGCCUCGGUUGGCUCGUUACAAAUGAUCCCAACGGCACCUUCAAAAACCCAAAGUUUGUUGAGCGUAUUAAGAAGUAUUGUGACAUUUGCGGAGGUCCUGCCACCUUUAUACAGGCGGCUGUUCCUCGCAUUAUUCAGCAAACUGAAGACGUUUUCUUCGGGAAGACCAUUAACUUGUUGAAGUGGACGGCAGACAUUUGUUGCGAAAAGAUAAAGGAGAUUCCUUGUAUUAGCUGCCCACAUAAACCAGAAGGCUCGAUGGCCGUUAUGGUGAAGCUGAAUCUAUCACUUCUGACAGACAUUAGUGACGAUAUCGACUUCUGUUUCAAACUGGCGAAAGAGGAAUCCGUUAUACUUCUUCCUGGACUUGCUGUGGGCCUGAAGAACUGGAUUAGGAUAACCUUUGCUGCGGAUCCGUCUUCUCUUAAAGAAGCACUAGGAAGGCUCAAGUCGUUCUGUCAAAGGCACUCGUAUCAGCAAAAUGGUUGUUGUUGAUUAUAGAUAGUAAGCAAUCCUCGUAAUAUAUCUUCUUCUCCGCUUUAGCGCCUGCAGAUACUGUUGUAUAAUCGUAGUUACAACAAUUUAUUGAUUUAUCAACAUGCAAUUAGUAGUAAUUUUACAGGCUAAUCAUAUGGCAAGUUACAAACACAUUGAACUGCCGAUAUCGUUCUGCUGUACCUACUAAUUUGUGUAACAGAAAUCUUGAAAUAUACUGCACACAUACUAAAACGAAAUAUGUGAUUACUGUCGA